UGGAGAAUUUUGCAAUGCAGUAAAUUGAUCAAAACAUUUCUUCUUCCUAGUAAAUAUGGGCAAAAAAACUAAAGUUGGAAAGCAGAGGAAAGAUAAAUUCUAUCAUCUCGCGAAGGAAACGGGUUACCGUUCGCGAUCGGCCUUUAAGUUGAUUCAGUUGAACAGAAAAUUUAGCUUCCUUCAGACCUCAAGAUGCCUGAUCGAUUUGUGUGCGGCCCCUGGAGGAUGGCUUCAAGUUGCAUCCAAGUUUAUGCCAGUAUCAAGUAUCAUAGUUGGUGUUGACUUGGUUCCCAUCAAGGGAAUUCAUAAUGUCAUAACAAUUCAAGAAGACAUCACAACAGACAGAUGUAGACAGCUGAUUAGCAAGGAGAUUCACACUUGGAAAGCAGAUUGUGUUUUGAAUGAUGGUGCUCCAAAUGUUGGGUCAACCUGGAUUCAGGAUGCAUUCACGCAAGCUCAGCUGACCCUCAGUGCUUUGAAGUUAGCAUGUGACUUUUUACAAGAGGGAGGAUGGUUCAUAACCAAGGUAUUCAGAUCCAAAGAUUAUCAGCCACUGUUAUGGGUCUUCCAACAACUUUUUAAAAGGGUCCAUUCAACUAAACCACAGGCAUCAAGAUCAGAGUCAGCUGAGAUUUUUGUUGUAUGCGAGGGUUACAUAGCACCUGCCAAAAUUGAUCCAAAACUCCUGGAUCCAAAACAUAUUUUCAAGGAAGUUGAACCUGAAGGCAAAAAGAAAGUCAGUAUUUUACAAGUGGAGAAACAGAAAAAACGCGCUGAAGGAUAUGAUGAAGGUGAUUACACAUUGUUCAGAUCAACUACAGUAUCAGACUUCCUGCAAGCAGAGCAACCAUUGGACAUCCUUAGUUUAGUGAAUGAGAUUGUCUUUGAUGAUGUAAAAUAUUCAAAACAUGUUAUGACCACAGAGGAUAUCAAGGAAGCAUUUAAAGAUGUCAAAGUUCUUGGGAAGUCGGACAUAAAGAAUCUAUUGAGCUGGCACAAAGCAUUACGGAAAGAGUUUUAUGAAGAUCAGAAUGAAAACAUCAGGGGGCAGGAAGAUGAACAGAGUAGCCUUGAGGAAAAUGAAGAGGACAUUAUUGAAAAAACGAUACAAGGAUUAAAGGACGAGGAAAUUGCAAAUGUUAAAAGGGAAAAGCGGAAAGUUCAGAAACAGAGACAAAAGUUACAGGAAAAGAUGAAGUUAAAAAUGAUUAUCCCAGGAGACACUAAAGGCAUGGAGACAGAUAUGGAAAUGUUUUCCCUUGCCAACAUCAAGAGUAAACAGCAUCUUGAUAAUGUGGAUGAUGCAGAUAUGAACGAAGCAGAGAAUGAAGACCAAAGCGAAAGCGAACAGGAAUUAGAUUCUGAAUCGGAUCAUGAUAGCGAAGAUAAUAAAAGAAGAGAGGAUUCUGAAAGCGAAGAGGAAGAAUUAGAAUUUGAAGAAGAAAAUGGUGGAGAGGAUGACAGCAAUGAAAAGCAGCAAAGGGACAAAAACCCACUCUUGAUAGAGUUAGAACCUGAAGUUCCUCUUACGGUAAAGGCAAACAAGUGGUUUGAAAAGGAUGCGUUCAAAGGUUUGGAAGACGAUGCCGACGAAGACCUUGAGAUUUCCCAAAUGGUGGAACAAUAUAAGAAGCAAGGAGGAACUAUCCUGGAAAAAAAUUCUGAGUUAGAUUUGGGUGAGCAACAACAAGGAGCCAAAAGAGGAAUCGAUGAAAAACCUAAACAAGCGAAAAAAAUGCGGUUGAAUGAUGAGGAAGAUAGUGACAGUGAAGAAAGUGAGAGCAGCACUGACAGCGAGGAGGAUAUUACACCGGACAAAACGACACAAGACAAAACGACACAAGACAAUGACGGCAAGAGAGCCAGUUCUAAAAGAAAUGACUUCGAGGUUGUGCCAGUAGAGGAUAACAGUGAAUAUUUGAAGAAGCUUACUCCUGAAGCUCUAGCACUGGGGCACAAGAUGGCUUUUUCGCGAAAAAACAAGAGGGAUAUAGUUGAUUCUGGAUAUCAUAGGUGGGCCUUCAAUGACGCAAACCUUCCGUCUUGGUUCGUGGAAGAUGAAGCGAAACACUACCAGCGGCAGAUACCGGUCAGCAAAGAAAUCGUAGAGGAAUACAGAGCGAAAAUGAAAGAAAUUAAUUCAAGGUCUGUUAAAAAGAUCGCUGAAGCAAAAGCCAGGAAGAAACGAAAGGAAAUGAAACGACUCGAAAAAGCCCGUCAAAAGGCAGAAGCUAUUUGUGAUACCGUCGAUGUGUCCGAAAAAGAAAAAAUGAAUCAGAUUAGAAGUUUGUAUAAAAAGGCUGUCGGAGGAAAACGGAAAGAAGUGAAGUACGUUGUCGCCAAGAAAAGCCGGGCCGCCAAGAGAAUGAAGAGACCUGCUGGAGUUAAAGGUCCUUACAAAAUCGUAGACCAGCGAAUGAAGAAAGACUUAAGAAGCCAAAGAGCAAACGAGAAGAGAAACAAAAAGAGUGGAAAGAAGACGAGAUGACAUCUAUAACA